CGUUUAUAAAAGAGGCAAGAAAUGCUGCCGUAACCGAUUUUUGCCUUUUCUGUCCAAUGUCACGGUUUUCGCGGGCGGGAGCACUGGUAGCAGGUGCAUUUUCUCUCACUGGGCUGGCAGGCUAUUGUUAUGUAACUUCUUCUACUCCCUUAUCUGGUGCAAUGUCUUCAACCUAUAAUGGCAACAAACCCGGCGACCAUCACCAUGGCAAUGGUUUCCGUAAGAGAAUUGCUCUACCAUAAAGAUCCUAUAACGUUUUCGAAAUUGACACAAGAGUUUCUUUGAAUUGUGGAAAUUUUAGGAAACCCAUGGCCCUCCGCUACUAAUAACGGUCUUCGAGAGAUGUUUAAAAUGUUGAGUGAGGUUGGUCUUCGAAAGACUGAGCAAUCAAUCACCCCGAACGCAAAACCACCCACUGUCGACGCAAUGAAUUGGAAGCUUAUCCGGGAAGCGACUUCACAGGCCGGUGAGAAGGCCAUUGUUGUCACUUGGCUCGGACAUGCGUGCGCAUUGGUGCAGAUAAACGGCGUCAAUGUUUUGCUGGAUCCCGUUUUCUCGGAUAGAUGCUCACCUUUUUCGUUCGUGGGACCUAAGCGCUAUACCGAACCACCCUGUCAAUUGAAGGAUUUACCAAAGAUAGAUGCAGUCGUCAUAUCACAUAAUCAUUAUGAUCACCUGGAUCUAAACUCCAUCAAAGAGUUGGCGGAACAACAUCCGGAAGCACAUUUCUAUGUACCUCUUGGAAACAAGGCUUGGUUCAAUAUAGAGAAAUCCAACGAGCGUGUGACAGAAUUGGACUGGUGGCAGGAUAGAACGCUCACUUUGGGUAAUGGCAAGGCUGUCAAGCUCACUUGUACGCCCUGCCAGCACUUCUCGGGCCGUGGUAUUCUGGAUAGAAACAAGACGCUCUGGGCUUCGUGGUGUCUCGAAGGAGUGCGUGAGGGCCAAUCUUCAGGUGGCAAGGUGUUCUUUGGAGGUGAUACGGGAUAUCGGGCUGUCCCACAAGGAACGAAGCCUGAUGCACAAUACGAUGAAGAUCACCUCGAUACUUUGCCACAUUGUCCUGCAUUCAAAGAAAUCGGAAGCAGGAUUGGACCUUUUGAUCUUUCUCUAAUUCCAAUCGGUGCAUACUCGCCUCGAUGGUUCAUGUCUACUAUCCACUGCUCACCUGAAGAUGCUGUUCGGGUUCACGAGGAUGUCAAGAGUAAAAAAUCUAUCGGUAUCCAUUGGGGUACUUUUGUGCUGACAGACGAGCCUAUCGAUGAGCCACCAGAGCGUCUCAAGAAGGCCCUUCAGAAGCGUGGUCAUGAUGGAGAAGUCUUUGGCGUUCUUAAACUUGGAGAAACGAUGGUUAUCGAAACCUCAUCUUCAUCAACUACUAGUAAUCUAUAAAUAUAUUAUGUACCUGAAAUACCUUUACGUUAAUUUAGUAGGAAUCCUUCUCUGUUACUCUUCUUCCGUAUAAUGUAGAUUAUAAUUGUAUUUCUAAUGUAUAGUUUUGCAUACAUACUCAUGCACGCUAACAUAUGACUAUACCAAACUACAAAUCAAUCUGAC